AUGCCCCGCCCCUGGCCCCAAGGUCCUCCUCCACUGGGACCCCAACAUGCCCCGCCCCUGGCCCCAAGGUCCACCUCUACUGGGACCCCAACAUGCCCCGCCCCUGGCCCCAAGGUCCUCCUCCACAGGGACCCCCAACAUCCCCCGCCCCUGGCCCCAAGGUCCACCUCCACUGGGACCCCAACAUGCCCCGCCCCUGGCCCCAAGGUCCACCUCUACUGGGACCCCAACAUUUCCCCGCCCCUGGCCCCAAGGUCCACCUCCACUGGGACCCCCAACAUUUCCCCGUGUGGAUCAUUUCCAUUCAUCAAUAUGCUCUGGACAUUAAGAGUGGCGAAGGAGCGUGGAGCGUGGCGAAGGUUCGCCCGCCUCGCCGCCCGCCUCCACCUUGACGCUGGCGAUGUUAGCCCGGGCGAUCGUCUGUAG